AGAGCGAAGAUGCCUCUUGAGGUUGUUGUGGUUGGGUGAGUUUGCCGUAUCCCGAUUAUUGAUCUGAUGCUAAUUUUUAUCUAGGGCCGGUAUGCACACCCUUUUCCGAGAUGUAAGCACUUGCUCAUGAGUCGCAGGUAUCGGUGGUAUGGCCGCUGCCCUGACACUGGGUAUGCGUGGACAUAAUGUCACGAUUCUUGAGGCUGCGCCAAAGGUAUGCAUGCAAUACAUCUAAGUAAGAUGUGUAUGCAGAGAUUAACAUCCAUAGCUCGCCGAAGUCGGUGCGGGUAUCCAAGUUUCCCCUAACAUGUUGAGACUCUUCGACAGUAAGCACUACCCCUCUCUCUGCCUGAACUCACAGCUAAAAGUGCCAGAAUGGGGCAUCUCCGACCUAAUCCACGCCCAAGACGUCGGUCUCGAGCACAUCCACGUGCGCCGUUGGCAAGACGGCACCUUCCUAAACACAAUGCCCGUCAACAAAACCUACGGCCAACAAGCAGUCAUCCACCGCGCAGACCUGCACAACGCACUCAUCGACCGCGCUCUAGCCCAACCCACAGUCACCCUCCGCGAAAACUCCCUCGUAAUAGACGUAACCUUCGACCCCCCAUCCCCAUCCGUAACCCUUGCCAGCGGCGAAAUCGUCCAGGGUGACAUCGUGAUCGGGGCUGACGGGAUCAAAUCUGGUAUCCGCGCGAAGUUGCUCGAAGACAAUAGUAUCAAAGCGCAGCCGACAGGCGAUGCUGCGUAUCGGAUUAUGCUCGAGCGGAGUGUUAUGGAGGCGGACCCGGAGUUGAGGGGGCUUAUUCAGGAGCCGCAGGCGACGAGGUGGAUUGGGCCGCAUAAGCAUGUUAUUGCGUAUCCGUUGCGGAAGCAUGAGUUGUAUAAUGUUGUAUUGAUUCAUCCGGAUCGGCAUGGGGUGGAGGAGUCGUGGACGACAAAGGGGUCGAAGCAGAGGAUGGUUGAUGAUUAUCGGGGGUGGGAUAGUAAGGUUACCAAGUUGAUUGACUUGGUUCCUGAUGAUGAUGUCCUGGAGUGGAAGUUGUGUCUGCACUCACCGUUGAAGACCUGGAUUCGUGGAUCUGUCGCUCUUAUCGGCGAUGCAUGCCAUCCCAUGCUCCCCUACGUCGCCCAAGGCGCCGCCCAAGCCGUCGAAGAUGCCGCAGCCCUAGGCAUCCUCCUCUCAACCAUAGAUUCCCGCCACCAAAUUCCCCUCGCCCUAUUCGCCUACGAGCAAUCUCGCAAGCAGCGCGCCGAAACAGUCCAGCAGUCUGGUACCGAGAAUCGCACCCUGCUGCACUUCCCUGAUGGGCCAGAGCAGAUUGCGCGUGAUGAGCAGUUCCGCGCGUCGAUGAGGGAGAGUGGUAAGAAUCCGGAUCGGUGGAAUGACCGUGAGACGCAGAGGUUUUUGUGGGGGUGGGAUGCGGAGAAGGCGGCGUUGGGGGCUUGGAGGGAGGUUAGCGGUGGUGAGUCCAAGGCGAGCGCAUACCUGUGAAGGCGGGGGGAGUAAUGCCAGGAUGCACCAGGAGGGAUCGUACCAAAGUACAGUUUUGUUUGCCAGCGAGCAUUAUAAUAUCAUUUGAAUAUACGGGUUUACAGCAUCGGAUUCCAGUUGAAUAUCAAAAGACACUUGAAUGCUACCAAACAUAUGCUUUUUAUUGCGUUACACAUUAAAUGCUCAUCUCAUAUAGAACACAUGAUCAAACCAUCUGAUUUUACAGCCUCUCAUUAGCAGCAGCCUUCAUCUGGCCGUACUUCUUGAGACGGAUAGCAGAGACGGUAAUGAAGCCGGUGGUCUCAGCGGGAGAGAAGUCACCAA